AUAUAAAAACUGCUUCAUGUUCUCAUUUUCACAGAGUAGCAGGUACUGCACAGGUGUGAGGUCACUAUGUUAAAGAGAUCGAAGAGCCCGGUGACUCCAGGAGAAUCUGUGUUCUUCAGGCCUUUAUCUGUCGUCCUUAAGGUUAAAUCUGGAAACUUGUAUAAGUCUCCUCCUCAAUAUGCAAUGAAGACAGAGAAAUCAUGGAAGAAGCGUUUCUUCGUUCUCUUCAAAAUCAGCGAGGGUCAUCAUCAGCUGAUGUACUUCAGGAGUUCAGAUGAUGAAGGGCAAAAGCCACUUGGAGAGAUUGAAUUGUCACGCGUCUCUUUGCUGCACAGGAACCCACAACAUCAACCGAAAUGGGAAUGGAUCCAGAAGACCUUCAAAUGCUCCCCAGACCAUGUUGUCUACAUCAAGACUGAGCGCCGUGACUACUUUCUCCGCGGGGAGACCAGUGAAGAAAUGGACAGCUGGUUCUCUGUCCUGCUUGAUGCUCUGAAAGACCGCCCGUUCAGAUUCCUCUCAGUAGAAGAAGUCUCAAAUGGGGAGCACACAGUGGAGGCUAUCUCAGGUCCCAUGGUGAAAAAGAAAAACCCACCUGAACUUAAAAAGAUAAGGUCUUUAUCAGUGCCAGAUGUUCACUACAACACCAGAGAAGAAGCAAUGGAUGCUCGACGUCCAGUAUCUUACCCUUCCAAAUCAAACAGAUUUGCACAUCCACCACUUUGCACAGUACCAAUACUGGAGGAAAACAAACCAAAGAACAAUGAAAGCUCAGAGUUACUAUAUGAAACAAUGGAGAACCUUCAGCUGAACGAAGACACAAAUACAGCCACUGACAGAGAAGUUGUUAGGGAUGGGACCCUGUUGAGGUCUUUCAAUGAAGCCUAUGACAACAUCAGGAUAAGAGUUUCACCCUUCGCUUCAACUGAAAACGAGAAAUCUGACAGUGACAGUGAAAAGAAACCUCGCUCUUCAGCAUCCAGCUGCAGCUCUACUACCUCUUCUUCAAUGGAAAACUCGUCGGAUUUUGUCGCUGUUGCCUUUGUAGAGAAAGACAUUGAGAUGAGUACAGCAGACUUAAAAAAGCAUCUCACACUCGUCGACAAGAAUGGAAAACUGAGGGUGUCCUCGUGGACCGGCGUGCAGCAGCAGACUCUGGGGCUCUUCCUCAAAGGAGACCUAAUCCUAGCAGUCAAUGACUUGCGAGCGGUAAAUCUGGACGAGUUCAACAUGUUCGUCAGCAAGAGUCUAAAGGACAAGGUAAAAGUGACCAUCCUGCGUCCCUCUGGAGGAGAUCUGCAUUCACGAAACAGCGCCUGCAACAGCUGAGAUGCUCUCCUCUCCUUUAUAUCUCUGAUUAGUUCUAACAUGAACAAUCAAUGUAUUCAACAUCUGUAAUAAUCAGUCCAGGACAACCUCUGUUGCAUUUGUCUACCUGCUCGUUUGCACAUUCCUAAAGGAGCUUGAUUACGUUUAAAAGAAUAUUGUUUUAAAGUGAAAUCCAAAGAGCGUAUUAUGUUUUCUUGUAAAUGUUUGCUCUGUGGCGUCGCCCUAGGUGCAAACAAAGGCAGAAAAAUGAGUUUCCUCAUACCUCCUUGUGUGCUGUUAGCCUAAAGUAUGAAUCAAAACCUGCACCUAAGCGCAAAAUUACACGUUUGUGAAAGACUUGAGAACAAAAUAUUUUUAAAUGUACAAUUUAAUUACUUUUAUGAUGACGCUGAAGGUAUUUGUACAAAAAAAAAAAACAACAAUGACAAGUAGUUUUGAAGAAUCAAUUGUACGGCAGAAAUUCCACCACAAGUAAUGGAUGUUUCUUUGGCGCCGCAUCCUUUGGAUCAGGGCACAGAACUUCCUUGCAGGACCAGAAUGGGUACCUUUUCAUAGAAACGAUGGCUCAUCACAUUAAAACUCCGUGACCAAUCAGCAGCCAAAACAAAAGGAAACCAGUUUGGUGACAUCUUUUUUACAGGAAUAUUGCAGAAGAAGUCGGUCAACACUUAUGCAGACAGUGGCAUGAGAGUGUAAAUAAAUAAAGCUCGAUUUCCGCCUCCUUCAGACAUAAAGACGACUCUGGGUGUCAGAAAUAUUAGAACCCAGUUCUUCUAUGUGUAUUUAUGCUUUGUGCCUGUUGAUCUAUUUCCUCUUUAAGACACAUUAAACACAAAGCAAGCCUUAUGGCGCCAUAUACUUGUUCAUAAAUAUAUAUAUAUAUAUAUACCUUGUAUCCCAGAUGUUUUACCGUUGUUAGCACUUUAGGUUUUAAUGAUGUAAAUAAAUAAAGAAACCUCUAGAAAACCUUGGAAUUGGCAAAUUUGGAAAAUACGAUGAAAAAUUGACUCCCUGCUGCUGCACUUAAUAUAAAAUAAUUUUGUGGCACUGAUUUAUUUAAACGGUGAAGUCAUUCCUAAUAAAAGUCUCUACUGUCAGAAAUCUGUCUCUUUGUUGAAAUAAAAAGCAUUUUUAGGUUC